AUGCUCUUUGCCUGAGAGCAAACAGAGUAAAAGAAAAAAAAAAGCUGUAACUUGAGGAGGCAAACUUCAUAGAUCCGCCCAAGAAAAGAAGUGUAAAUGAUAGUGGAUUGGCCUCUUUUCCUGCCAACGCGCUGAAACAAAACUUUGCAACCAUCUCAUGCCGACGAUUUUAUGUUUACAGAUGAAAAUAUGGCAGCUGGAAGAGCAAUGUCCUUCCGUCGUGUUGGGAGUCUCAUGCGGAGUAAAUCUGAGGGCACACUGAUCGAUCUGGACGACAAUGUUUCAGCCAGUGACAACCUGAACGGUGGGCAUGUGGCACGAAUGACACAGAACUCAGAGUGGCCACUUUUACAGCCAGAAGUUGCACUUUCAUCCCCGUCAAAAAAUCCUUUUUGGAACAAACUGUCUGGAUCAAAUCCUUUCUUAGACGAUAUCGUACAUAACAGCACAGAUAGACACAUUUCCAACACGUCAGAUGUAAAACAAGACAAUAAAAAGCAUUUGGACACAAAUAACGACGAUUCCAGCAGCACAUCUUCCGAUGAGGGCAACGUGGGGAAAUUUUUGGAGAACAAACACAAAGUCAGCAACAGAUCUGGGAGAUGGAGAAGUGCUUCAGACAUUCUGGAUGAUCUGGAGAGAAAAGUGCCAAAACGGGAGAACAGCUUCAGGCCGCCUGGGCCUGUGCUGAACCCAGAUUUUGAGUGGCUAAAGAAUGACAGAGAGGCCUAUAAGAUGGCCUGGCUAAGCCACAGGCAGCUAACUCGCUCAUGCCUAGACUUAAAUCUGAUGAGCCAGAGUCCAGGUUGGGCUCAGACGCAGGCCACUGACUUUCAGGUCAUCUGCAAGAUUGGUCAUGCUGGAGGCUCGGUACAGUUACCAGACUCAGAAAUUUGCAUCCAUAUCCCAGAGGGCCACGUUCCUCCUGGAGAAUUCCAGGAAGUUACACUAAAAGCAAUGCUAGACCCUCCUCCUGGACUCAAUAACAACUACAUGACAACCAUGAGUCCACUUCUAGAGGUGGUCCUCAGCAACACCAACACAAAGGAGUGCAUCUCUCUGGAUAUUAAACUGUCUGGAGAGGUGAAGAGUGACCCGUUAAGUCAGAUGAUGACAACAGUGGUCGGGGUGAUGUCUAACAAAAGAGAGGGACCUUAUCUCAAAGUGAAUGACUGUUACAUUCACAAGAACAUGAUGCAGAUGAAGCUCCAGGAUCUGAAGACACAUUUUUAUGUGAUCGCAGUCGCAGAGGCCUCUGCAAUCCAGGCCCCCGCUACAACAGUGUGGGAUUACCUUGACCGUCAAAUCACAGUCGCAGUUUAUGGACCCAGGUACAUCCAUCCAUCAUUCAAGGUUGUAAUCGUGGUUUGUUGUCACGAGGACGUUCCACUGAAGCUUCCGUUUUCAAUUAUCUGCAGAGGAAACAAAAACCUGCCUCCGCUCGUGCUGCAGCUUUGGGGAAAACAUGGGUUUAAACCAGACAAACUGAACAACCUGCAUGUCGAAAUUGGCCUCAAAGACUCAGUGUUUAAAAUCAAGCCCGAGGACAAACUGAAAGAAGUGAGACAAAGUCAGCUCAAAAUAGGGACAGUUUUGCACCUGCCAGUUGCAUUGUCAUGUGCUAAUAAUACAGAAAUGACUCCUUUUAAAUUAGAUCUACAAGUGAAGGAAUCAAACGGAGCAACUGUUGCACAUUUCCAGGUGCCCUCCCCUCCCACAGCUCCCAUCAGAUCAGAAAAGCGAGUGCCGAGGCAGAUAGAAAAGCGGAUUGAAAUGGCAAGAACCUCACCUAUUCCUGAGGAAAGUGUUCCAGAUUUUCCCAAAUUCACAGACAGACCUGUGAACCUACAGUGGUAUGGUGUAGCCCUAAAGUCAGUUCUCCGACAACCACGUGUAGAGUAUCUUCUGGAGUAUUUCAAAGGGGACACUAUGGCUCUUCUAUCCAGAGAGACUGUGAGGUCAGUGGGUAACUCAAAAGUGAAGGAGUGGUAUAUUGGAUUCCUCCGAGGCAGGACCGGUUUGAUUCACUGCAAAAACGUAAAGCUCAUAACCAGAGACCAAGUGAUGGACUUCACUGGCAUUCACAUCACUACAGAGGUUCUCCUGGAAAACAUGACGCUGCCCUUCAAAAAGCUUACUUACAUGUACUCCGCCAUCCAGACACUGGUCACAGAGCACAUAACCAGCUGGAAAGGUUUUGCUGAUGCUUUAGGGUACAGCAACCUGACGCUGGACACCAUCACACGGAGGCACGCUGAAACUGAAUCCGAUAAAGUGGCCUGCGUACUGGAAAAGCUGAAGGAAGACUGCCACACUGAGAAGAACAGAAAAAAGUUUCUGCAUGAGCUCUUGGUGGGUCUGUUGAAGAUGGACUCGGUGAAUGUCGUGGCCCAUCUGAUACAGAACACAGUCAUUCUGUCCACUGCUGUGGAGCUGGGAGUUCGAUGGAGGGAGCUUGCCGAGAAGAUGGGGAAACUCUCCAGCGCUCAGAUAGCGGGCUAUGAGGCACCACACCGAGGGAAGAGCGGAGAAGUUGGUCCUCAGUCAAUGUGGAAGCCCGCCUAUGACUUCCUGUACUCCUGGAGUCUGCGUUAUGGAGACAGCUACAGGGACAUGAUACAGGAUCUGCAUCUGGUCUUGGACAAAAUGAAAAACCCCGCCACCAGACAGUGGAGGCAGCUGACCGGCGCCCUCAUCACAGUGAACUGUCUCGAUAUCUUUCGAGCCUCUGCGUACCCAAAUUCAAAUUAAAACUUUAUGCAAACGUACUGUAGAGAUAACAGCGACUGUCAUGCACUUGCAUCACGUCAGGCAAAACAGAACAGGGAGGUUUUGUUACACGACAACAAGGUUUUGAUGUCACUUGGCUCUUUUGUGUUGCCAUAUAGUUUUGCUUGCCCAUACCCAUUUUAACACAAAGCAUUAGAAGCAACUUCACUGAAACUCAAUCAGGUACUUGCAUUAUAAGCUUAGAUCUCACUCGGUGAAUGUAAAAUGUAUUCUUGCAAAUUUUGAGCUGUGAAGAACGGUUUGUUGUUUCCAUAUGUUCUUCACUGGUAUGGACAUUUGUCUCUUCUAGGAUGAAACUAAGAUUUAGUUUUCUGUAAUGUACUGAACAGGUAGUCAAAUGGACAGUCAGAAAAAACGAUAAAUGUGAACAAUGUUACUAACAAUCUCAUGGGUAAUGACAGGACAUGAGUUUGUGUGCUGAGAGUGAGAAUGUUCUACCAAAGUGAAAGCUUCCCGAUGCCAGUAAACAAACCAUAAAGAUGCUACUAUACAAGUGUCAUAAACUAUUUUAGUCUUAAAUAUUAAUGUAUUUGCUAUUUUUAUACUGUGAUACAAUGCUCUAGAUAUGUACAAAGCAGAUAAUUUCAUAAGGUAUGCAAUGUAAAUGUUACAUAUUAAUUGUGUUGAUGUUGUGUAUGAUCGGGUGUUUAUUGCCAAAUGGAAACCUCAUUGUUUAGACUGGUGCCAUAUAGAGAACACAAAGUGUCUUCACUCACCGAAAUGUUAGACAACAAUUGAUAUCUUUGGUACUGAAAUGGAGAAAUGUAGCAUGAGAUAUGAAUAAAUAUCAACUGCGGGAAACUGAUCUGAUCUGUUUACUAAUCAAUUGGAGGAUUAAAUAACUCACAUCCUAAUA